AAAUGGCGGAUAAGCUAAGAUCUUGAGCUACUGAUGUAUCUUAGAUAUAGGAGUUGAUUGUAAAGUAGUUGCAUAUUUUUAUUUUUCUUUAGUUAUCUCUUGUGUCUUAGGAUGUUUUCACCUUCAACAGACUCUUACUCCACGCAGGAAAAGAUUCUUCUAGAGCCUUACAGUUACGUUCUAAAAGUUCCAGGAAAACAAGUCAGGGAGAAGCUUAUUCAGGCUUUUAAUUUUUGGUUAAAGAUCCCAGGAGAUAAACUUAGUGUGAUAGCAGAGGUGGUAAAGAUGUUACACAAUUCUAGUUUAUUAAUUGAUGAUAUAGAAGAUAACUCAAAGUUACGAAGAGGAAUUCCAGUUGCUCACCAGAUUUAUGGAGUGGCUCACACAAUCAACAGUGCUAACUACAUGUACUUCAAAGCUUUGGAGAAGGUGCUGUCCUUGAACCAUCCAGAUUGUAUAAACAUAUUUACAGAGGAACUGUUAGAGCUUCACAGAGGCCAGGGAAUGGAUAUAUACUGGAGAGACAGUUACACCUGCCCAUCUGAGGAUGAGUAUCAUGAAAUGGUCAAGAAAAAGACUGGAGGCCUUUUUAGAUUGGCUGUGAGGCUGAUGCAAUCUUUCAGUGAAAAUAGAAGUAACUUCGUUCCAUUACUGGAUACACUCGCCUUGUUUUUCCAAAUCAGAGAUGACUAUGCCAACUUACUCUCGGAAGAGUACAAGGAAAACAAAAGUUUUUGUGAAGACCUAACGGAAGGAAAGUUUUCAUUUCCGAUCAUUCAUGCCAUCCGCAGUGACUCUGAAAGCACCAGAAUUUUGAAUAUUUUGAGACAGAGGACAACUGACGUAGACAUUAAGAAGUAUUUUGUAGAUUGUUUAGAACAGAUUGGCUCAUUUGCGUACACUAAAGUAAUACUCAAGCAAAUGGAGGACAAAUCUCAAGCACUGAUCGCAGAUUUGGGCGGAAAUCCUCAACUUUCAGCUAUAGUUAAACAAUUGGCAAAACUUUAUUCCUAGGAACUUUUUUUAGAAAUAAACUUUAAAUAAAACAAAUUAUAAGUGAAUAAUCAGAGAAAGACAUUACAUCAUAGACAAAUGAUUUUAAUUGAACGACAUAACAGCUUCAUAUAAUGAGAAGAAGGAAAGGUAAUGAAGUCAGAAUGAAUUUGUACGAGUGUGUAUCAUCAUCCUUUUUUCCCAUAUUAAAAUGUUAACUGAUUUUCACACUA